UAAUGGUUACUUCUAAAAUUUUUAAAAUAAUUUUUGCCUUGUUUGUGUUGUUUAUUAAUAUUAUGGAGAUUUGGUCUUGUACUGGCCUUGGAGGUUAUACUGGCCUUGGAGGUUUACCAUUUAACCCUUCUAUCCUGCAAAAUCCAGAUUUGCCGCGAAUGAUUCAAACUAUGCCUCCACAACAAAUAGUUCAAUUACUUCCAUUAUAUGGAAGUCUUGCUAAUCAGUAUCCGCAAUAUAUCCCUCUAAUUAUUGGUAUGUUAACGCCAGAUCAAAGAUAUGCGCUUGCUUCCAGCCCCCUUAUCUUACCAACCCUUAUGGUGGACCUCAAGUUUAUGGUCCGCAGCUUGGAUUUCCUCAAAUACCCCAAUAUCCUCAAGGCCAAGGCAUUCUUCAACCUUUCCCUCAAGGUCAAAGCAUUUUGCAACCUAUCCCUCAGCCCAUUCAAGGAUAAUCUUCAAAAAUCUACGCGAAAUAUUUUUAAAGAAAGUGAAGCUUACUGA